AUGGUUGUCUGUCAUGAUCUGCUCGAGGCAGUAGAUCAGUUGCACACCUCCACGCUCACUGAUUGUGAGCAUGGUGCUCUCUGGAACCAGGUUUUCGAGGUCGCGUAUCUGCGGCCUCUGAACACGCUUGAGACGGCGGCCUGGGAUCGGGCACUCACAAACUUCGCCGACUAUUUGGACCUGAAAGUGCGUCCGUUGCCAAAUUGA